UCCAUUCUGAUUAACUUUCCACAGACUCGCACACACUCCACUGCUUAACAUCUCCUUAUUCCCCACCCAAGUUGACCGACCUCUUUUCCCUCUCUCUCCUCAAUCGCCAAGUCGGCGUCUUCUCCACAAACCCGUAUAUCGUUCCCCUCCCUCCCUCUCCCUAUCCCUAUCCCAAGUUUUCUAGAGAGAGAAAGCGAUGGAUUCGGACCAGGGCAAGCUCUUCAUCGGGGGCAUCUCGUGGGAAACGGACGAAGGCAAACUGAGCGACUACUUCGGUAACUACGGCGACGUUUUGCAGACCGUGGUGAUGAGGGACAAGAUCACCGGCAGGCCCAGAGGGUUCGGGUUCGUGGUCUUCGCGGAUCCUUCGGUCCUCGAUAGGGUCCUUCAAGAAAAACACACCAUCGACGGUAGAACGGUUGAGGCUAAGAGAGCGAUGUCAAGAGAUGAACACCAGACUGCCUCUAGAGCUGGAAAUGGUAACUCUGCUAGAAAUUUUGGAGGUGGUGGAAAUUAUAGGACCAAGAAAAUAUUUGUUGGGGGCUUGCCAGCAACUUUGACUGAGGAAGGAUUUCGACAAUAUUUUGAAUCUUAUGGUAAUGUUACAGAUGUUGUGGUCAUGUAUGAUCAGGCCACCCAGCGGCCUCGUGGAUUUGGGUUUGUUUCUUUUGAUAGCGAAGAAGCAGUCGAUAGGGUAUUGCACAAGACAUUCCACGACUUGAAUGGUAAACAGGUGGAAGUAAAGCGUGCUCUUCCCAAAGACGCCAACCCCAGCGGCGGUGGCCGUUCCACGGCUGGUGGUGGUGCAGGUGGUGGCGGAGGUUAUCAGGCUGGUUAUGGUGCUUCUGGCGGAAAUUCAGGAUCUUUUGAUGGCCGAAUGGAUUCAAACAGAUACAUGCAGUCUCAAAAUGCUGGAGGUGGUUUUCCGGCUUAUGGUUCUUCUGGAUAUAGUGCUUCUGGUUAUGGGUACGGUCCCGCCAAUAACAGCAUGGGUUAUGGCGGUUAUGGCGGUUAUGGUGCUGCCAAUCCGGGGUAUGGAGGUGCAGCUGCUACAGCUUACGGAAACCCUAAUGCACCUAGUCCUGGUUAUGGAACCGGUCCACCGGGUCCUGCACGAAAUUCUUGGAGCUCCCAGGCUUCCUCAGGGUAUGGUGCUGCCGGUUAUGUGAAUGCCUCUGCUUGGGGUGGUAGUGCAACCGGUGGGCCCGGUUCUGCACCCACGGGUCAAUCUCCAGGUGGGGCUUCUGGGUAUGGAAACCAAGGUUAUGGGUAUGGUGGGUAUGGUGGAUUGGACGGGUCUUAUGCAAAUCAAGCUGCUUAUGGUGCUGUUGGUGGUCGUGCCGGAAGUGUCCCCAGUAGUAAUGCUUCUGCCAGUGGGGGAGAGAUGCAAGGCAGUGGUGGGGCCUACAGGGGAGGUGGUGGCUAUGGUGAUGCCAAUGGGACUUCAGGGUAUGGAAAUCAAGGAUGGAAUGAUCCUUCUCAAACAUCUGGAAGUUAUGGAGCUCAGGCAAAUGGGCCUCAUGGCGGGCCAGUUGGAUAUGGUGGUGGGUAUGGCGGUGCCCCGACUCGACAGGCUCAACAGCAGUGAUUUUGAUGACCUCAUUGUGUCUGGGGCUUGGGGUCCUUUUUUGCUCCAAGGACAUGCAGUCAAUGCUUUACCCGUUGUAGGUGGCAGCAGGGGUUGGCUUCUGUUGCAUGUCAUGCGAACAUUGGGACUGGUUGGAUUGCUUCUGUUGCAUGUCAUGCGAACAUUGGGACUGGUUGGAUUGCUUGACUCCCAGUAGUUUGCACUAUCUAUUUUGUUAGCAUAAAAUAAGUUUAUAUGAGGAGUAGUGCUGUCGCUUCUAAGUAAUUGCCCUUGAGUGUAGUUUAAAUUCAGUGUGCUUAUCGUUGUGCUAUUAUCUAGUCUGGAGCUUUCGUUAUGGUAGUGUUUUAAAGCUAUAGUAGCUUGUAUUGAACUUUAUUAAUAUGGUUUGAUCAGUUUGAGUACUUUCUUAAUUUCGUGGAA